AUGAUACCUUUUUUUGGAUGCGCACUAGCUGGAAGUUUCCUUGCCUACCAAUUGCAGCAAUAUUUGAAGAAACGAUCUAUCGCAGCCGAACAAAAUGCAUGGAAUCAUGGAGGUAGUCGCACAAUCAAUCCUCCGCACAUUGCCACUGGUCCAUCGUUGAUCGGUAAAGUACAUUUGAAUCCAUUUCAGAAUCAUGGAUUAUCCAAGGAAGAGAAAACUAUCUCGGCGAGGAGAGCAUUACAAAUUGAUGAAAACGUGGCUAAUAUCGCUGUUUGUGGCAACAGUGGCACUGGAAAAUCGACAUUUAUCAACUGCAUUCGUGGUAUUCCAGAUAUUGAGAUGAGACCGAAUUUCCAGCAUGCUAUAGAAGGAGCGGCACCAGUUGGUAUUAUGGAAACAACAAAAAUGCGCAACCAAUAUAAAUCAUCAGAUGAUAGACUCUCAUUUUUGACUCUGUGGGAUUUACCAUCUGUGGGCGCAAUGUCAACUCCAAAUUCGAAUUAUUUUGAAGAUCAGAUGCUCUAUGCGUUCGAUUGCAUACUACUUCUAAAAGCUAACCGUUUCACUCAAUUCGAUAUUGACAUUUGUCGUCAGGCACUAGAAUAUAAUAUUCCACUGAUACUAGUUCUCAACAAGGGUGAUCAAGAUGUUGAAAGUUAA